AUGAGUUGGAAGUCGCCGUACCCAAACCACCGUUACACCGAAGGUCUCGGCGACGUGAAAAAAUCAUAUGCGAGGAAGAGGAAGAAGGCUGAAACGAGCGAUUCUCGAAAAUCUGACACCGAACAAGGACCGUCAGCUGCGUCGGGAUUUGUGGGUUCUAACCCUAGCUCCGACGCGGAUGUCCAUUCUUCUCCGAAAAUGAACCCUACUUCUUCAGUCGGUGACCAUCGAGCUUCUCCAGAAAGCGACCCCGACUUUGAGAGGACGAAGAAGAAGGCUCGAUAUCCCCGUCAUUUUCACCAGAAACCGCCGCUCCAUCUACUUCGUCGUUCUGAACGGAGAAGACCUUCGCCUCAAAUUCCAGAACCUCCUCGUUCGCCUCAAAUUCCAGUUCCUCCUCCUCCGCCUGAAAAUCCAGUUCCUGAAUUUCAUUCAGAAGAUGGGACCUUCGUUACAAGAUUGCACUACAAUGGUGUCCUUGAGGAAGGGUUUGGGAAGAACUAUGUCAAUGUUGAACUUCAAUAUGUCCACAACUGCGAUCCAGACAAAUGGUCGAAGCUCGAGGUUGAUGAUGUGUUGGAGAAGCUGGGGAUGGAUGUGACUGGGUUAGAGUACUUCUAUCGGAUUCCUGGGAAGAACUUCGAGGAUGGAAUGGUGCAGCUUUUUGACAACAAGUCUGCAAUAGAAAUGGCAGAGUUAGGGGUCAGGGCUGGGGUGAUUGAUGUAUAUGUCAUUCACCCCGGGGGUGUUGGUGAGUUGUUAACGGGCUCACAGCCUGUUAGUCAAUUAACACAGGAGAAAAUUAAAAGUCCAGUUAGAGUUACAGAGCGUAUAGAUGGUUUAACCGCAAGUGAAGACGAUCAGAGCAAAGAGGAAGGUAAUGCUAAGGGGUAUGGUAAUGGUGAUGAUGGGGGGUCUGGUGAUGGUGAUGAUGAGGGAACUGAUGAUGGUGAUGAUGAGGGACCUGAUGAUGGUAAGGAUGAGGGAGCUGGUGAGGGUGAGGGAGCUGGAGAUGAUUGGUUAGUACAAAGUUCAGCCAGUGAUUAUGAGGUGGAGAGUGAGGAAGGAUCUGAGGAAGAGAGUCUUGUGGCUGUGAAAGGCAAGGGGAAUGGUUCGGGAAAGGGGAAACAAAAGGCUGGAAAGGGGAAGGGAAAGGCUGAGGCUGUGAGAAAGGGAAAAGGGAAAGUUAAGGAUGUUGUGAAGGGAAAAAGAAAGGGAAAGGGGACCUGCAAUGAGAAAGGAAAGAAAAAAGAGAAGGCUGAUUCCGAUGACGACAACGCGGGGCAGCCUACAUUUGUGGACAGCGACUAUGAUCUGAGUGAUAAGGAAGAGGACAACAUAAUGACUUCUCAAGUUGAGGGAUGGAAGAAUGUUGUUAAUUCUAUGAGAGUCCUUGGUGAUUUAGAUGAUGGUGGGGAAAGUGACACUCUUCGGAGUGAUUCACCUAGCUCGGACACCGAUGAGGCUGACUUGGCGGGCGAGGGUGACUGUGAUGUCGUGCAAAAUCUGAGCCGAAGAUAUAAGCCUACCAAGGACAGAAAUGAUCCAAGGUUGGAAGUGGGGUUGCGGUUCAAUACCAAGGCCGAUUUUACAGACCUUAUACGUCAUCAAGGUGUCCAGUUGGGUAAGAAGUUGAGACUCAAGAAGAACGACAAUGUUCGUUGUAUUGCCUACUGCAAGGGGUUGCUGCGAAGUAAGAAGGUUAAAGCUGGUUGUCCUUGGACGGUUUCAUUGUAUUAUAGGAGUGAACUUGGAUGUUGGCAGAUUGGAGCUCUGCGUGAUAUACACAAGUGUGGGGGUGCUUCUUACAACCACGGUUGUGCUAAUGCCAAGUAUUUGGCACGACUAUUCAAGGAAGAUAUGAGGUUAUUUCCUGGGAUGACAGUUGCGCAAUUUGUGGAGAAGGUGCAUAUGGAGUUGAAGAUAACAAUUUCGGUGGGAAAGGCGAAGCGUGCAAUGGCACGUGCGAGGAAACUGAUCGAGGGCGAUACAAUCCAGCAGUACAAGAGGCUGCAUGAUUAUAGGGCAGAGAUCUUGAGGACAAAUCCAGGGAGUACCGUUGUCCUAGCAACUAGGCGCCUAUCGGAUGGAACUGACAAGUUCAAUGGAAUCUACAUAGCUUAUGAAGCUUGUAAGACUUCCUUCAAGCAGCAUUGCAGGCGUAUUAUAGGAUUGGAUGGUUGCCAUCUAAAAGGACAAGGGAAGGGCAUACUCCUCACUGCCAUUGGAUUAGAUCCGAAUGAUCAGAUCUUUCCCGUCGCCUAUGGUGUUGUAGCCAUUGAGAAUACGGAUACUUGGAGUUGGUUUUUAAGUUUGUUGGUUAAGGAUCUGGACAUAAAGGAUUCGAGCAAGUGGACAUUCAUCUCGGAUAGACAGAAGGGCCUUAUCAAUGCUGUCCGAAGCUGCUGCCAUAAUGCCGAACACCGCUUCUGUGUGUGGCAUAUGCACAACAACUUCAAGAAGGUGUUCCCAUCUCCAACGCUAAAAGACAAGACUUGGGAAGCAGCUCGUUCAACAAAUGCAUACGCCUUCGAGAAGGUGAUGGAAGAGGUGAAACAGCUGAACACUUACCGUGCACACUGCCAAGGAGAGCUGGAGUCGUGCUUUCUUUGGUUUUGA